AUUUGAUGUUAUCUUCUCUCAUCUGUGGAUGAGGUGACUGGGGUCUACAAAUAUAACACAAAAGAAAAGAUCUUGACCACGUGGAUGUGAUUAUUCUCCCUGCUCGUAUGUUGAAGUGCUUACUAUUAGCACAUGACUUUUAAAAGUUUAUAACAUGACUAAGGACGGUGCCCAUAUUAAGUAUUCCUUAAAUGUGUGUGCCCCGGGGAAAAUGGGCGACACGCGGAAACAGAACUGGGAGGACCCAAUUGGUUCGGUCACUGUACCCUUGUAUAACCGGAUGAACUUUUCCACCGUCCCACGGAAAGGUGCUCACAGGAAAGCAUGGUACCUUGUACAACAGACCUAUGCCUCACAGAACCAGGCUAACUCCAGAAUGGAGGAGUCUAUGACCCCUGACCUUUUCCACUCCCACAACCAUCCAGAAAGGAUGAUCCGCAAAAUGGAACAGUAUGUGGAGAAGCGGCAGUUGUGUGAUGUCACCCUGGUUGUGGGUAACAAGCGGAUUCCAGCUCACCGAUUGGUCCUCAGUGCAGCUUCUGACUAUUUUGCAGCAAUGUUCAUGAAUGAUGUGAAAGAGGCAUCCAUGGAGGAAAUCCGGAUGAAAGAUGUAGAUCCAGAUGCCAUGGUGGCCAUUGUCAACUAUGCCUAUACAGGUAAAAUCCCGCUACAGGAGGACACAGUUGAGAGCCUUCUGUCUACGGCCUGUCUCCUUCAGCUAUCUGAGGUGGUGGAGGCCUGCUGUAGCUUCCUCAUGAAGCAGCUCCAUCCCUCAAACUGUAUUGGGAUUCGCCAAUUUGCUGAUGCUCAGGGAUGCUCCAAUUUGUACAAAGUUGCCAAUACCUAUCUCAUGGAUAAUUUUGUUCAAGUAAUGCACAAUCAGGAAUUUCUUCUGUUACCUGCGGAUGAAGUUUGUCGUCUGCUUGCCAGUGAUGAUCUUAAUGUUCCAGAUGAAGAAACUAUAUUCCAGGCCCUGAUUAUGUGGUCUAAACAUGAUCUGCUGAAUAGGAAAAAAUAUUUAUCCAAACUCCUCGCCCACAUCAAGUUACCUCUAAUGUCUCCACAGUAUAUUGCUGAUCAUGUCGAAACUAACCCAUUAUUUCGAGAAGAGAAAGAAUGUCAAGCCCUGAUCAUGGAGGCUCUAAAGUAUCAUCUGUUGCCAGAGAGACGGUCAUCUUUUCAGAGUCCUAGAACCAAGCCCAGAAAGUCGACAGUGGGUCUCAUGUAUGCUGUGGGUGGGAUAGAUUGUAACAAAGGUGCCACUACUAUUGAAAAAUAUGACCUGCGUGCUAACUCUUGGACCCAAGUUGCCAACAUGAGUGGGAGGCGACUUCAGUUUGGUGUUGCAGUAAUUGAAGACAAAUUGUACAUAGUGGGAGGGAGAGAUGGACUUAAAACAUUAAAUACAGUAGAGUGCUUUGACCCAAAGAAGAAAUCCUGGAAUCUUAUGCCUCCUAUGUCUACACACAGACAUGGACUGGGGGUGGGGGUAUUGGAGGGACCAAUGUAUGCUGUUGGAGGACAUGAUGGGUGGUCCUACCUGAACACUGUUGAACGAUGGGACCCUCAGGCUAGGCAGUGGAGCUUUGUAGCCCCUAUGUCAACCUCAAGGAGCACAGUAGGAGUGGCAGUAUUGAUCGGAAAAUUGUAUGCAGUCGGUGGUCGAGAUGGCAGCUCUUGUUUGAAGACAGUGGAGUGUUUUGAUCCACACACAAACAAGUGGUUACACUGCAGUCCUAUGUCUAAGAGGCGUGGUGGAGUGGGGGUGUCCACGUGUAAUGGUUUUCUGUAUGCUGUGGGGGGUCAUGAGGCCCCAGCCUCAAAUCCCUCAUGCUGCAGAUUUGACUGUGCUGAAAGAUAUGACCCUAAGACUGACCAGUGGACCAUGAUAGCCAACAUCAGCUCCCCUCGUGAUGCAGUUGGGGUGUGUAUUCUGGGGGACAGGGUGUUUGCUGUUGGGGGAUACGAUGGUCAGCAUUACCUUCAGGAUGUGGAGUCUUAUGACCCUGUCACAAAUGAGUGGUCCAAGAUGGCAGCCCUUUGUACUGGCCGAGCAGGUGCCUGUGUUGUCCAUGUCCCUAACAGUUGACAUAAGAGGAAGUGGUCACUCUCUUCUCUACGGAAGUGGCCAUCUGGAUUCUUUCGCCGCAAAAACAAAAAUCAGGACCGACAUAUGAUUGUGUGACCUAAUCAGGACAGAUGUAUGAUUGUGUGACCAAUUUAGAAGAACCAAUCAUCGUUUUGACACACAUGCGGCCAUUCACAUAUCAGCAUGGUGCUCAUAGUUUGGCCAGAAUUGGCCAAGAACAGCCAUUGAAUUCAAUGCAACAUAAACGUUGAUGAUGCAACAAAUCACCGUCUCUUUACAACCUGUGAUAAUCACUUUAAAAAAAAAACCAAAAAACUUUUAUACCAAAUAUCCAACAUAAUAGAAAUAUAAACUAUGCUUUAUUUUAAGAGAAAUAUUAAUUUAAAAAAAUUCAUGUAUAAAUUUUGAACUCACUUUUACAUUAAUGAUAGUCAUUGAAGUAUGUGAAUCUGAGACUUGUAGCCAGUUUGUAGUACUGUAGUGCCUAUUCAUGUGUCAGAUCUGUCUCUAUAUGCUUAGUUCUGUGCUCUUGAAUUAACUGCUUUUUGAUUGGUAGUUUGUUAGAUUUGUUAGAUUUUUUGGGUGUAUAUAUAUGUGAAAGUUUUGUUGUAUGAUGAUUUUUUUUUAUUACUGUCUGUAAUAUCUUUUUGAUAGUUUGUGCAAUAACCUUCCUGUAACCCCCCACUCUCCACUGCUAGCCUCAUUGUUUGGUUGUCUAAAACUUAAAAUGAUAGUUUCAUUUGGAAAAGAAACAAAGCCUCUAAUGAUUGGUUGUAAGGUGUACAUCUCUGAGUAAAACACUUUCUGAUUGGUUGUAAAGUAUUUAACCAUGUACAAACAAUACUCCUCCAAUAACUAUAUAACCCCCUGCUUCAGUAGAUAUACUGCUAAGAUCUGAGAAAUCAGUCAUGUAAAGUAAGCAUUAUCUGAUAGAUAUUAGGCAGAGGGCAUUACAGGUGUGACUUUUUCUUUAAUGUAUGCCAGAUUUAGUUUACCUGAUUUUUUUGUACAGGGUAUACAUGCAUGUCAGAAUACUAAACUGCUUUUGCAACUUUUUAUAUUUUGCCUGAUUGCUUGCCCUUCAUUUUCACUUGGGAAAAAAGUUGCAAUUGGGUGUAUACUGACCACUCUCUUCAUUUGAUAAGAUGCACAUUAUUAAUCAAUCAUACUGGACCAAUUUAUAACAUAUACAUAUAAUUCAUUUGGCAUUUUUUUUAACCAUUUUAUCUAAUAUUGCUCACAGCAUACCAAAUCAUAUUAACAUCGAAAACUUGUCUUCCCUUGUAAUCAACAUAUUACAGUUCAUGUGAAAUGCUAGUCAUUGUAAAUUUUACGCAGAUAUAGUACAUGUAUAUACUUUUGGAUUGUUAAAUGCAUGUAAGUACAAGUUUGCAUUUUAAAGUAGGAUCAAGAUAUUAUGUAUUGGCUUAUUGCUACUAUUUUAGUGCUUAAUGGUUUUCUUAUGAUAUUUUAAGUUGGUUAUUUGUAGAGAAAUGUUUGUUGCAUUUGAAACAAUCUUCGGUGUAUUAUGUAAAUAUUCUGAUUCAUAACUGUUUUUUUAUCGGGUCUUUUUGUAAACACACUCUGAACAAAGUAAAACGAAGAAAUUUGUCAAA